AUGCUGCAAGACCCGGUCAAGUUAGCCAGGAGAGACGUAGAUUCAAGCGGCUUUCUGCGGAGACUUCUCAGUGCUGAGGCAGGGCCCAGCGGAGUCGAGACCACGAGGACACAGCAGAGUUUGCGGGAAGGGCCGCACUCUCUCGGGAUUACCGCCUCAAAUCGGGAACACGCAUCAGGAAGCUCUCACAGUCGCAGCCUCAGGUCCAGAAGACAAGCAGAUGGCGCAGGAAAUGCUCCACAAACCGAACAUGUUCCAGAAAGCGGAGCCGAAACCGCAAACCGAGCUCUUCAGCGGCGCCCAGAGAGGGAGAAGCUGCGCGCCAGACCUCGCCACUUGUGGAAACGCAGGACCGCUCAAGAGCCAGUCUUCAUCGUUGAAGACCGGGAACCUUCCCGUCGCGCCCCGUCGCCGAACUCGAGAGACAAGACGGACGCUACUCUGUCACUGUCCUCUGUUCCGUCACCUGUUGCUUCCUCGUCAGAUGAUGGCUACGCCGGAAAGUUGGGCUUCCAUUGGUACGAGGCGACGUUUGGUGUGCUGCAACGUGGACAUGCCGAUGCGGCCGAACGUGAAGAAUCUGACGACGACGACAUUGAGUCCCUGCACUGGAAUUCGGAUACCGAGGAGCGUUUGAGUGAGAACGAUUCGUCGGAAGUAGACAGCGGUGACGAUUUGUUGGAUCUACCUUGGGACGGUGACAGCCGCAGCGUGCAGUCUAGCGAAGGCUUGGAACCAGGUGCAAAGGUGCAGCGGCUGGACCGCUGGCAAAAAGUCGCCCGAAAGAGAGUGCAGGCAUACCUUCCUGGCGUCCGAGUGACAAACAGAGCAUGGGACACCAUCGACAAGUGGCACAACCACUUUCUGGAGAACAUGGGGCAAUCCGUGCAAGCCAUGGCCGAGCGUGCCGGCCACGACCGAAUUGAGGAUGAGGACGUCGUCUGGUUCAUCCACAGAUACCUAGGCACUGCAGACCCUUUUAAGCUGUGGGCCCUUGCUGAUGAACUGCUGCCUGCUGAGCUGCGCAAUCAGAUCUAUCCUGCCACCCCAUUUGCCCUGGCGUCCAAGGAUGCCUGAGUUGAUUGUACAACAUCAUUCGUGAAGCCAUCAACGUGUGUCAAGCCUGUCGACCUCACGAAGCACGUGACGUUGAGAAGUGUAAAAAGAGAUCUUAUGCCUGAGCCCGAUUCAUGCCGCAUCGUAUUUUAAAACUGUCAAGGGCCCCGACAAGUGGACCGACUACCCUGCGACGUAUUUUUUUCUCAUUGCUAACAUUGUUGUAUAAAGUAUUUCGUGUUUGUCGUUGUGUUCCUUAUAACUGUUUCAGGCAAUGCACUGUGCGACGAGUGCGUAAUAAAUUUUAUUUCUAAC